GCUCGCAGUUCGUGCUCGACCUACGGUACCUCCACGAACCAAGGCUCAGCAACAGAGACUCAGCAGGCGGAUGACUCUAGCGGCAUCGAGUACAACAUUGACGGUACCGGACACCACCGGAGUUCUUCCCGCAUGCCCGGUCCGAAGGGCCAGUGAGCCGUUGGCUGACUAUUUUGGGCGGCAACAGGUAUUUACAGAUGCCAUAGCUGCCGCCAAGGCUCAGCAGGAGGCAGCAGAGGCAGAACGUCAGCGGCUGGCCAAUGAGGCGGCAGCCCAAGCUCAGCAGACUACUGAGGCUGACGCAGCGGCACGAGACCAACGGAAUGCCGCUUGUACGGAGUCCCUGAUUCAUAGUGAAAGUCAGUGGACAACGUUCCUCCAAGGCAUGAUCUUUGUGCCUUCGGACGCGCAGGCAGAUCCGACACCGGCGGAGGCAGAGAGGACUCACCUGGCUAACUUGAUGCUGGGCAUGAUGAGAGGCAUCAUGUGGAAUAACACACUGCUGCAGGCACAUCUGCGCACGGAACGACAGCAGCGACAAAACGCCGAUCAUCCGGUGAACUUCCAUGACCGAACCAUUCACAUCCGUGAUCGGAACGGAGUGUUAGUCCCAUGUACGGUCGCGACCCCUCACACUUCGAUUGCUUGUCAUGUGGUUUCCGUUGCGAAAAUUCGCGACGCCAUUGCUCGGAAUAACAUCGAGGAGAUGGGCCUUGUAUUCUUGCAUGCUCUCCCCUCGCCGGACGGACCAGCCGCGUCACCGCCGGACCCACGCAUUUCUCACCUCUUGGACGAGUAUAGAGGCGUCUUCGAGGCUCCCACCGGAACUGUUCUGGAUCGGCCCAUACGUCACGGGAUCACUCUCGAGGCUGGCGCCGUCCCUCCGCGUGGAUGUAUCUACCGCAUGAGCGAAGAGAAACUCGAGGUGCUUCGCGCACAGCUCGUUGAUCUUCUCGACAAGGGCUGGAUUCGCCCUAGUUGCUCGCCAUACGGUGCACCUGUUCUCUUCGUCCGGAAGAAGAACAAAGAUUUACGGUUAUGCAUCGACUAUCGUAAACUUAACGCACAAACCGUAAAGAACGCCGGCCCUCUCCCUCGGAUUGAUGAUCUCCUUGAGCGGUUAGGCGGCGCGACGUACUUCUCGAAGUUGGACUUGAAGUCAGGGUACCACCAGAUUGAAAUCCAGCCUCAAGACCGGUACGGGCAUUUUGAGUGGGUUGUCAUGCCCUUUGGCCUCACCAAUGCCCCCGCAACKUUUCAAGCAGCGAUGACGACUAAGUUUCGCGACUUGCUCGAUCGCAGCGUCCUCAUCUACCGUGAUGACAUCUUGGUUUAUAGUAGGACAUUGGACGAGCACAUCGUACACCUUCGCGUUGUUCUGAAUCGUUUGCGACUAGCCAAGAACAAAGCGAAUCUCGACAAGUGCGAAUUCGCCARGCAAGAGCUUGAGUACUUGGGUCAUUUUGUCACGCCGAAAGGCAUUCGUCCCUUAGCGGACAAGAUCCAAGCCAUCGUGGAUUGGCCGGAACCCCGUAGCACGACGGAUGUACGCUCUUUCAUGGGUUUGGCUGGAUAUUAUCAGCGAUUCGUCGAGUCAUACUCGAAAGUGGCCGCUCCUUUGUCGAGACUUCAGUCCCCGAAGGUGCCCUUCGAGUUCGACGACGCAGCCCAUGGCACGUUCACUACGUUGAAGGCAGCGAUGCAAGCCGCACCUGCCCUCCGUAUAUACGACCCCACCCUACCCRCCCAAGUGACUACGGACGCUUCGGGAUACGGUAUUGGUGCGGUGUUGGAACAGUGUCACGAGGACGGUUGGCAUCCGGUUGAGUAUUUCUCCCAAAAGGUGCCUCUCGUCAACACUCUCGACGACGCUAGGAAGAAAGAGCUACUCGCGUUCGUCACCGUUCUCAAACGGUGGCGCCACUUUCUUCUCGGUCGUCGGCGUUUUAAAUGGAAUACGAACAACAAUCCGUUGACCUUUUAUAAAACGCAAGGCACGGUCACUAGCACGAUCGGUCGAUGGAUGUAUUACAUCGACCACUUCGAUUUUGACCCGUGGCACAUUCCCGGUCCCGCCAAUCGCGCUGCGGACGCCCUCUCACGACGGCCCGAAUUUUGUGCCAUUGUGACCACGGCAUUCGACCGCGAUGACGAUCUGCAGCCGCAUUUCGUCAAAGGCUACAAGUCCGAUCCGACUUACUCUACGCUUUACGCAGAGCUUUUAUCGGAUCACCCGCCGGCUAGCCACUAUCGGAUUUCCGACGGGUUCCUUCUCCUUCACACGAGAGGAAAGGACUUGUUAGUUGUGCCCCAAGAUCGCAUCUUACGGACUCGUCUUCUAGGCGAAUUCCACGACGCACGACUUUCGGCACACCUUGGCGUGAACCACACACUAGCACGCCUCCGCCAGCGUUUUCACUGGCCCGACGUCCUUCAUGACGUCACGAGGUACAUUGAGUCAUGUGCAAUUUGCCACCGUAACAAGGGUCGAUCUCGAGUCCCCUUCGGCGAACUGAAACCGUUGCCGAUCCCUCGGGCACCACGCCUCUCCAUUGCUAUGGACGUGACAGGCCCGUUUCCCCGCGAUCGCCACGGCCAUGACGGUAUUCUCACGGUCGUUGACCGUUUGAGCAAGUAUGCUCGCUUCCUUCCUUGCAAGUAUCAUGCUGCAGCACCUGAGCUCGCACGACUCUUGCACACCGGUUGGAUUACCAACCAGGGUGUUCCGGAAGAUAUAGUGAGCGACCGAGAUACUCGCUUCAUGUCGACYUUUUGGACUKCCCUCAUGACUGAGUCCRGUACGACAAUGAAGCCGAGCUUGGCUCGGCACCCGCAGACGGAUGGCCAGACGGAACGAGCGCACCAGACCGCUCAGAUGAUGUUGCGUACGCUCAUCCGUCCCGACCAGAAAGAUUGGGUUGACCGGCUUCCCGACAUCGAGUUCGCCUAUAACACUUCGGUGCACCCGGCGAUCUGCGUCACACCAUUCGAGUUACAUCAUGGYGGAGAGAAAACACGGAUCUUCGCUGAUCUCCUUUUGCCACAGGCUGCCGACAUAGACGUCCCUUGCUCUCCCGCUUCCGUCCGGAAGUACCGGGACUUGGUGAUCAAAGCCCGCGCAAAUAUGCAAAAGGCUCAGAUCCGCAUGCAGCAGCAGGCUAACCGACGUCGACUUCCAUUUCCUUUCCGCGAGGGAGACCUUGUUUGGGUCCUCUCCGAGGAAUUUGCGCUCGAGCAGGAUGUUUUGCGCAAACUCCUUCCGAAAUGGUUCGGACCAUGGGAAGUCACUUCUGCCGUUGAAGACGAUCCCGCAGGUCCUUCCUUCGUGAUCAACAUUCCACCGCACCUGGUAGUGCAUCGGGUCUUCCACGCAUCGAAGCUGGCCAUCUACACGCCACCUUCAGAUGACGAGUUUCCCGGACGUCGAUCACAGGAUCCGCCCUCCAUGGACAGACAUCAGGAAGUGGACCGAGUCAUCACGCACCGCAAGUAUGGCAACAAGCCAAUGCAGUACAAAGUCACAUUCAAGCAAUGUGCGCCUGACGACACUCGGUGGAUCUCCAGUCCCGAUUUGCAGACUUCUGCACCCCUUAUCUUCGCCGACUAUGAGAAGCGACGCCUUGCUAAGGACGCAGCUCGUCCCGCCCGACCCACCCCGGUAUCGGACAGACAACUCCGCCCUCGCAAGUAGCUCGGUCUUUUAUGAGGGGGAGUGUGCUACAUCUUCGACGCCACACGGGUCCUACCGGAC